UCACAGGCACAUACAGUAUGUAUUUAAACAUUGUAUUAAGGGCGUUGACGAGGUGUGCGUGUUAACACCAAUAAUGGGUGACAGCUUGUGUCCCUUUUUUUGGCUUUCUCUUCAUUGAAUUCUUCAGUUGACCAUGUCUUGGUACCACAGAAGGUCCGUUCUUGUGGUCAUUCUAACUAUUUUACCGGAUCAUGUAAUGUUAUCCACCAAAGCUGAAAGUACGGAAUUUAAUGGGCUGCUGAAUGGGAAAAUAUUGCGCGUAGCCGCAGUCGAAAUUUCUCCAUUCGUUGAAUUUGUACGAGAUGAAAAUGGGAUUGUCGUUGACGGAAAAGGCUUUUCUUUUGAAAUUCUUGCUGCCCUUAUGGAAACCUACAAUUUCUCGAUAACAAUUGAAGUCCCCAAGGAUAAAGCAUACGGAGCGCUUUUGGCAAAUGGAACUUGGAAUGGAAUGAUUGGAAUGAUUCUAAAUAACGAAUCGGAUGUCGGCAUCGGUUCAUUCUCCGUGACGCACGUUCGCAACCGCGUUGUCGACUUCACGGUUGCUUAUUACGAAGAAUCCAGCGGCAUUCUGAUCCCUGCUCCGACUCUCGGGAAGCAAACGUCAGCCUUCGUCAAGCCUUUCCAUUUUCGAGUAUGGAUAAUUUUAAUAGCGAUCCUUGGAAUCCUACCGUGCAUCAUGUGGGUCCAGUCAAAAAUACUAGCAAAAGCAAAAAUGUCGAUGGCCCGAAAACGAGAACAACGGUUCAUGCUUGUCUACGGAGUCCUCCUAACGCAAUGCAAGUCUAGUCCUUUGUCAUAUAGAAUUGUGUUCCGAUUGGCCUUGCUAAAAAAUUACUAAAUAACAUAACGCAAAUUUACAGCUGGUCAGAGAAUCCCAGAAAAGGAUCAUUCUUUGCGCUUUUUGGCCAUGGUUUGGUUUUUGUGUGCAUUGGUGUUCAUUCACGCUUACAUCGGAACUCUCGUAUCGUUUUUGAGCGUUCCUAACAUCAAGCCAAUCAUACGAUCACUAGAAGAGUUACCGUCAUCUGGACUAGGUUGGAUUGUUUGGCGUGGAUCAGAUUUGGAAUCCUUAUUCAUGGAAGCAAAAGAUGGUUUAAACCUUAUCAUUGGUGAUAAAUUACGCAACAACCCGGAAUGGUUAGUUGACUCCUUUGUCGAGGGAGAACAAGCUGUCGUGGAUGGAGAUUUUGUGUACAUGAAUGUAAGUAUUUCCACAUCUUCGAUUGAAGUGUAGUCCAUAAUUGGAGUUUAAUAACCUUUUUUUUUAAUCAACUGAGAAUCAAGCAAGAAUUAGAUAUGCAAUCGAGCAAAACUUUAUUCAAUCCGGAAAGCAGUGCCAUUUGAGCAUGGCUAAGGAAACAUUUGACAAAGUCAACCAAGCAUUUGCUUUGCCCAAGGGAAGUCCCGUUGGAAGUUUAUUCAACAGAAAGAUGCUCAUGAUGAUGGAAACCGGAUUGAUGGAACAUUGGCGAAUGAAACACCUUUCAAGAAACGACCACUGCAGCGCAUCUUUUUCUUACGGAACUGUUUUGCGCAAGCUUACUUUGGAAGAUGUUAAAAGCGCUUUUCUCAUUUGGUUUGUCGGGUUAAGUAUUGCAUUUGCCGUUUUCGUGGCGGAGAACGUAGUUUUUCUCGCCGGAAGAAAGUUCCGCAAUUCACGAACGAAAUAAAUCAAGGUUAAUAAAAGAAACGUCAAGUU